AUGGAUAAGCAGUCUUUACUCAAGGCUCUAGCGGGGACACUUGAUCCAAAUAAGCACAUUAGAAAAACCAGUGAAGAAGCACUUCACACUUAUGAGCAGCAGCCGGGGUUUACAAGCUAUUUACUAGACUUGAUUACUGAACGCGACGUUCAGCAAGGAACUCAGAUAUCGGCGGCUAUUUUCUUCAAAAAUAGAAUCAGCAAUUUUUGGGUGCAGCCAGAGAGCUCGAAACAAGCUGUGUCGUUCUUUAUCAAGGAGAACGAGAAGUCCAAUAUCAAGAGCAAGUUGGUUGCAACUUUGGUCAAGACGUAUGCCAUUCAUCAAGUCAAAUUUUCCUUGGCGAGCGCGCUAAACAGCAUUCUAGAUCACGACAAGUGGGAUGAAUUGAUCCCACUUGUUUCCAGCUUGCUCCAAUCUCAGGAUAAAGACCAGAUCUUCACGGGGUUGAUUUGUCUAUACGAAUUGGUCAAGAGCUACAGAUGGUCGGGGCUUGAGUCGAAGUGCUUUGUCAAUCCAGUUAUGGAGGACAUCACCCAGCAAUUAUUCCCCAUAAUAGAGUCGUUGGCGAACACCAUUUUAAACAGCGAAAACAGCAACACGACAAGUGACGAAAUGCUCUAUCUCAUUGUCAAGUCGUUUAAAAAUGCAACUUUUUCCAGUCUACCAUCGUAUUUCCAAGAUACAAACAAAUUGGGACUCUGGUGCCAGAUUCAAAUCAUGAUUAUCAAAAAACCGCUCCCACGAGAAGUAUUGGAGGAAGAUACGAUUGAGCAACGUCUGACAAACCCACGAGUUAAAGCAGUCAAGUGGUGUUUUGCCAACAUGAACCGAUUAAUCAACAGACACGGUGGUGGUAUAUUAUCAGCCAAAGCUGACCCUGCGUUCAUCUCGGCGUUUCUCAGCAAUUUUGUUCCUCAGAUUUUAAACGCAUAUUGGAAUAUAAUCGAGGACUGGGCUUCGAAAAAAGUGUGGUUGAGUCCCGUUUCCAUGUUUUACAUGAUUUCAUUCUUGGAGCAAGUGGUGGAGACACUGUGUUGGCCAUUGGUGAAGGAGAAACUAGACGCAAUCACGAAGCACCUUGUGCUUCCAUCCUUGCAGGCAACUGAAGAAAGUGUCGAAAUCUAUGAAGAUGACCCUAACGAGUAUAUUAGAAGAUAUUUCGACCUCAAUCGUGAACAAAAGACGGCUGACAUUGCUGCAAUCAACUUUAUCAACAGGUUGGCAAACAAAAAAUUUGAAGAAACCAUCAAUUUGUUGUUUAGCGUCAUCAAUGAAGUAUUUACAGAGAGAACCAACAACCGCAGUAAUUUGGAAACGGCAUUGAAAACAGAGAGUGCGUUGCGUGUAUUGUCUACCAUUUCGUAUAGGUUAGAUGACGCUGGCUCGCCAUGCAGAGGCCAGAUUGAUGCCGUUAUCGACAUGUUUGUCAACCCUGAAUUGUCGCUGGAGCAAUGUAAAAGAACACCUUGGCUCACAGCUAGAGCUUGUGACACCAUAGCCAUGUUUCAUACUCACACCUACAGUGAUGCCAAUGUCUUGGCAAAAGUGUUUCAAAAUGUCAUUGGGUGCUUCCAAGACGAUUCUCAGUUCCCCGUACAAUUAACCGCGGCCGACGCCUUGGCCACGCUUGUCAAUGAGGAUUCCGUUGCUGAGCAAAUAGCUUCGCAAGCGCCUCAAUUGAUGGAAAAUCUUUUGGAAAAAUCCAAGAAAUACGAAAGCGAUAUUCUUACAAAUGUCAUGGACACGUUUGUUGAGAAAUUUGCCACCAACUUGGAGCCAUACGCGGUUGAACUCGGGGAGAAGUUGUCAAAUGAGUUUAUUCGCUUGGGGAAUGAGAUAUUGGAGCAACAAUCUUCGGGACGUGUAGAAGAAGAUAAGGAAUACCAAGCAGGCGGAUUGCUCAACACAUUGACCACCUUGGUGAUUUCCAUGUCGAAUGCAAAAGAAGUUGGCGAGCUGUUGGAAAGAGCAUUGAAAGACUUGAUUGUGUUUGUUCUUGAAAACGCCAUGGUGGUGUUUUUGACAGAUGUGGUUGAGAUCAUGGAGUCCUUGAUCAACUUGAGAAAUGGAGUGUCUCCCGUAGCAUGGUUGAUUUACCAAGUUGUCAUUGAAUCGUUUGAAACUUAUGCGUUUGAAUACUUUGACCAGUUGCAACCAUUUUUCGCCAGCGUAAUCAACAAGGGUUUCACCGACCCCAACUUGACCGCGCAGGACACCCACUUCCAGUCGUUGAUGACUGUGUGCUUCAAUGUUUUGAAGCUGGAUGAGGUGGAUCCAGUUUUUGCCCACUAUGCCUUUGAAGACAUUGAAUUGACGGUGUUGGCAAUGAACACCCGGCUAGCAUCUUUUAACAUUAUUCCAAACUUGCUACUGGAGAUAUCUGACAUAUACAGUGCCUUGGACGCGGUGGACGCCUUUGAUGGCCACAUGUUGCACAGACUCUCGUAUUUGAAGGUCUUGUUGGCAACAAUCUAUGUCGAUCCAACAAACACAAUCCAGUUCAUCUCCUCCAAAGGCUACUUUAACGAGUUUUACAAGUUGUGGAUCAGGCAUAGCAGCGAUUUCCAGAGUGUCUACGGCUGCAAAUUACAGAUAUUGGCCGCGCUCUCCAUCAUCCGAAGCGAUGUCAUCAAGCAGAUUUCCGACGACUUGGUGGGCGAGACAGUGGACUUGUUGUUGGCCAAUGUGGCCACUUUACCCAACGCAAUCAAGACUAAGAAUGUCAUUCUCAUGAACGAGGUGAGCCAAAAGGAGCAAAUCAAGGGCGCCGAGCAGUUGGGCAACGAGUACGACAAAGUCGCCGAUUUGGAAGACGAGUACGAGUUGGAUGAAGCGGAAAUGGAAGCGUUGAAGGAAACGCCUCUCGAUAAAGUCAAUGCGUUUGAAGAAUUCGUCAACACAUUUCUCGCGAUCAAACAGAAUGAUACUGAAAAGUAUCAAGUGUUGUUUAGCGAUUUAGACGAGGGAAAGAAUCAGCUCAUCAACGAGUUGAUCAAGAUCACUCAGAGCACUGCCUAG